AUGACGCACCUCCUACCACCUAGCCUAUUCCGCCUUUUCGCACCCCGUCCACCACUCGAGUACGUGGCGCCGCUUCGCUACGAUCCAGACCCAAAUGCCACGCCCCUACCUAAAGACCCGACCCUUGUCUCAGCGCGCAAAACGGUGCGCUCCCCACUCACCGGCGUCGCAUCGGUCCUCGAACGCAUCAAACAAGACGCAGCGGACCGCGGAGAGUCGACCGACGACAUAGCGCACGAAUCCACCUCGGCCAACUAUACGCUCUCGCGCGCCACGCUUCGUGAAAUCGAACUUGAAAACAAAAAAGCCGCCAAGGCAUCUGCGAAACAGCGCGGGCUGGAGGCGUACAACCCACAGGCGAACCCAAAUGCCACCCCAGAUGCGUACAAGACGCUCUUCCUUGCGCGGCUGAGCUACGACGUGACCGAAAAGGACCUGCAUCGCGAAUUCGACAUGUACGGCCCCAUCGAGACCAUCCGUAUCGUCCGAGACAGGCAAGGGAAAAGCAGGGGGUAUGCCUUCAUAGCGUAUGAGCGUGAACGCGACACGAAAGCCGCCUUCAACGACGCAGACGGCAUCAAGAUCAACGGCCGCCGCGUCAAGGUCGACUUCGAGCGCGGCCGCACGGUCAAGGACUGGAAACCCAUGCGGCUGGGCGGCGGUCUAGGCGGCGCCAGCAGGAAACCGAAAAAGGCCCCCGAACCCGCAGAGGCACCCAUGAUGGCCCCCGGCAGCGGCGGCGGCGGCUUCGGCGGCGGAGGAUUCAGGGGUGGUUCGAGAGGCGGCUUUAGAGGUGGCUCAAGAGGCAGUGGCGGCGGUGGCUUCGGCGCAGGCGGCAGGGGCGGCUUCAGAGGAGGAGGAGGAGGAGGAUACAACAACAACCCACCUCGCAGUGCAGGCGGCUACGAUUCUGGCUAUCCGCGUUUCUCAAACUCCAACGCUCCCCCUUCUUCAUCCUCAAGAUACCCGCCAAGUAACACCGGUGGCCGCGACAGAGACUACAACCCCAACGGCUACACUCCACGCUCCUACGACGAUCCCUCUUCCGGUCCACCGAACAAACGCAGUCGCUACUAA